GGGUCCCAACACGAUUAAAGAACUUGUAUGUUCCAGAUGUCAGGCGGGUAAUCGUUUAGUACUUCCUAGUACGUAUGUGUUCUGCCCUAACAUACAGAGGAGCGGAGAGUUAUUUGCUUUGUGGAUCAUCCCAUUCUCAGGAACGGAGUUUAGGAAUGAUGGCACAAUUGCAAGCUGUCAGCAGUUGAAACCCCUGUCACUGACAGGGGGUGGCAUCACUGCACCGUGGAACUCGUCAUCGUCACUGGCUGUCGCCGGGCCUGUCCAAGCAGCUUUCCUUAGAUUUGCGCUGGGCCGUUUAUUUCCCACCACCCGUCGGUCCUUUCUUUGCUUUUUACGCGACAGCACGGCUUUCCCGACCAUGACCUCCCUUUCUCGAUAUCGACGACCAUCAGCCUCUUUUCUACCCGACUGCUGCUCCUGGUGAUGCUCCCAGGCCGGCAAGCGACUGAGCUGCGCAUUGCUCUCCCCCCUCGACCGGAUGCUUCGGAACUGCGACGAGGAGGUCGCGCCGAGGCUAAUAGGAUAAUAUGUGGCGAAGAACAUACCUCUUUCUGGUUUUGGUCCGGCUCUGGUUCGCGCUGUCGCCGAGCUACCUACAUCCCGACGAGAACCUCCAGGGCCCGGAGGUCAUCGCUGGAGAGAUCUUCCGUUACCCUGUCCGACGUACCUGGGAAUUCACAAGCGACAACCCAAUUCGGAGCGUAUUCCCACUAUGGCCCGUUUACGGACUCCCGAUGCUCCUGCUCCGGUGGCUGUGGAUUGGGAAUGGAAAAGACGGCGAGAUCCCCCCCAUCGCGGUCUUCUGGACGCUGCGGGUGUUGAUGUUCAUUGUCAGCUUCGUGCUGGAGGACUGGGCGUUACACGAGCUUAUCCCGUCGCAACGGCAGAGGCGCGUGGCAGUUCUCUUGGUCGCAUCGUCCUACGUCACCUGGACGUUUCAGACGCACACCUUUUCCAACUCGAUAGAGACGUUGGUUGUGGCUUGGAGUCUGGUGCUUAUUGAGCGCAUUGUCGCGAGUCCGCAGCGCGGCUCGGUUCUUGCCUCGACCGUCCUCGGGAUUGUCGCCGUCUUUGGCGUCUUCAACAGGAUCACGUUCCCGGCCUUCCUACUGAUACCCGGCCUCCGGCUGUUACCUUACUACUGGAAGAACCCUCUGUCAUUUGUCGCGAUCGUCACGGCUGGAAUCUGCACGACCGCGCUCGCCAUCACGCUCGAUACGGCAUUCUACAGUCCGCAUUCGAUUUCUUGGUCCGAUCUGCUCCGCAACCCGGUUCUUACCCCUCUCAACAACCUCCGUUACAACAUCUCGCCGGCCAACCUGGCGAAACAUGGACUGCACCCGUGGUAUCAGCACCUGUUGGUGAACCUGCCACAGCUCCUCGGACCUGCGACGGUGCUCCUCUUCACCCGGCCCAAGCGCUCAUCGCGCCUGUACUCUGCGAUCUCGGGCAUUGCCGUUCUCUCUUUAUCGCAACACCAGGAGGCACGGUUUCUCCUCCCUACUGUUCCCCUUAUCCUCUCUUCCGUCCGCCUCCCGAGGAGCGAGAAGGCAAUGCGCGCCUGGGUGGCGUCGUGGAUCGUCUUCAACGUCAUCUUCGGCACGCUAAUGGGGGUCUACCACCAAGGAGGGAUCGUCCCGGCGCAGGUUUUCAUGAGCAAACAGCCGGACGCGACCGAGGCGGUGUGGUGGAAAACAUAUAUGCCGCCCAUCUGGCUGCUGAACGGGAAGAACGAGGUCUUGCGGACGCGGGAUGUCAUGGGUAUGAAAGGGGAGACGCUUUUAGAGGAGCUACAGCAGCUCGCAACUUGCGACACUCCGGCGGACAGGAGGAGCAUGGAGUAUCUGAAAGAGAAGAAUGGGACAUACCUGGUGGCGCCGCUGUCUGCGACAUGGCUGGACCCUUAUCUUCCGAAUAAAGGGCUGGAGGGAUUGAGGUUUCGCGAGGUCUGGCGGUAUCAGCAGCACCUGAACCUGGAUGAUUUGGAUUUUGCGGAGGACGGCGUUUGGAAUACCCUGUCUAGAGUCAUUGGGCGGCGAGGUCUUGCUAUCUGGAGAGUAACGAAAAGCUGUCCUGGGGUCAGGGGGAGGUAGCAUCUUUUUUUUUUCUUAUUUUUGGGCGGUAAUCUGAUAGCAACGUACGGAUACGUACGCAGUAAUGGAACCUUGUGCGAGCGAGACCAAGCAACA